AUGUCUACACCUUCUACGCCGCGUUCAACGCGCUCAGCGCGUUCCAUGUCGCCCGCCGAUAAUUCUCCAAGCAUUCUGACCCCAGGCCAGAAAAUCAAAGCCAUGAUGGCUCAAUUUGACAGCGAUUCUGAGUCUGAUUCACGGCCUACUAAUUCCAAAUUGUCCCUACCGAAGCUGGACUUCGGAAGCAAGAACACUUCUACUGCGAUGCGCGUAACUGAACAGCUAAACAACUCCGAAGAAGACUCCGAGGAUGCGGAUGAGAUCGUGAGGCCCAAGGGCAGGAUGGCUGCUCGCAUGCAGGGCGAUGCCAAUACUUCAACAAAUACCUCGGAGCCCCAAGAAGACUCUGCAUUUUCUCGAUUAUCCAAGGCUUUGCGUACCGAAAAAGAAGAAACACAAAAGCCAACACGUCGCAGCCCCUCGCCAGUCGACGAAUCCAGCGACGACGAACUGCCCACAGCUGCCCCUCGGAGGAGGGCCAAUGCUCAGUCAGCCCAGUCUCCUGUUCCUGCGGGUCAUGAUUCAUCAAAGUCACCCUCUCGCGCACGCUCUUUCUCGCCCUUGUUUGUCUCUUCUCCAGCAGCCCCGCAGAACGAUGCUACCGCUUCAGACCUCACCACAGACGACCUUUCCGAUGUCAACCCCAAGUCUAAUGCGAGAUUCCUCGCCCUCGUCGCCCAAAAGCGCAAGGAGCGUGAGGAGCGUGAACGCAUCGAGGAUGAACAAAGGGCAGCCCGGCGCGCUCAAUUGGAGCAUUUUAGCUCCGAGAUCAUGAAAGCGAGGAGAGAGGAGGCUACAUCUGCACGGACAUUGAGCCAGAAAGCCCGCCAGCCUCGAAAGGCAAGCAAGAAGGCUCUCGAGGAGAUGAGACAGGAGACGCAGCGCCUAAGCCGAAACAUGCAACUGGCUCAUCAGGCUCAGACCAAGAAGAAGAUCACAAAGGAGAGCCUCUUCGCCAGGUUCAACUUCAUGCAGCCGGCGCCUUCUACCGCAGAAUCUGCUGCUCCAAAUUCGUCUUCGACUGCCGGCUCCCAACAUUCUUCUGACGGUGAAAGUCCAAAGGAUGUCAAGGAGACGCCGCACACAUCACCCGUACUCGGUCCCUCUGAUGCAGACAAACCCAUUUCCAUUGAUGUCGCUGAAGUCCCGGCUGGCCUGGACAAGCACGACGUAAAUGGUAACAGCACACCGACACUCGAGAAAGUCAAUGUUCCCGCCUCCGAGAUACCGAAGGACCUCACCAUUCCGGGUGCAAAGAAAGCACCCCGCAAGCCAACCCAGCCCCCAGUCCGUGUUCUCCUUUCCCGACAAGAAGUUGCUCGGCACCAGAAAGAAGAUCAUGAUAGCGAUGAUGAUUUGGAGGCUCGCCGCAUUGCUGCUUUCGAAAAUCUGCCUACCAAGAAAUUGCAAGAAUCCUCCUCGAUGACCACGCUGAAAGCAUUGGCCCAUUUGACAUCACCAAGCCGCAAGCACACCGGAAUGAACUCGGCAGAACUCUCUGCGAACUUGUUAUACAGAGCCCGUCAGCAAGCUGCCAAAGAACGACGGGAGCGCAUCGAAGAGCUCCGUGCAAAGGGUAUCGUGAUUGAAUCAGCUGAAGAGCGUGCCGCCUUCGAAGACGAUAUUGAAAAUAUGAUGGAGAAGGCGCGCCAAGAAGCCGAUGAGAUUGCACGACAGGAAAAAGCCGAAAAGAAAAAGACCCAAGGUCUCGAUGAGGAUGACGAUGAAGACGAUGACGACUAUGCCCUGUCCGGCUCAGACGAAGAUGGAUCGCAGGGAGAUGAUGAAGAUGAGGAAAUCGUUAACGAGAACCCCGGAUUCCUCGACGAUGAAGCAGACGACGACGAUGAGUCUGCCGAUGAACAGGCUGAGGAUGAACUGUCAGAUGUAGACGCAUUGGUCGAAGCUCCUAGUAUCCGACGAAAGCGACGAGCUCGUGUGGUCAAUGACGACGAUGACGAUGAACCUCAAGUGCCUUCCACCCCAGUUAGGCCACCCUCCCACGACCCGCAGUCAGUGGAGCGACCUGUAUUUCCUGGUAUGGACACACCUGGUGACAUGUCUAUGGGGCUUACUCAAGCAUUUGCUGGCACGUUAGCCGAUGACCAUGAUGGGGCUAGCCAGCCCGCCUCUUCUACAAUGCCUUUCUCCCUUCCGGAUCCUGGUCGCCCCGUCCCCAGACUUCGUGCCGAGGACUCGGAGAUUCUCGUCCGCGAUAGUCAGGAACAAUCUCUCGAGCCCGACUUCAUGACCGGUUACAACCAGAAUGUUACCAGGGUAUCAGAAUCGCCAGCUGCGCACAAAUUCUCUCAGUACUCGCAGCCACCAGACCCUACCCAAGAUCAAGGCUUUGUUUAUUCACCCUUUGAUCCGUCUAAGCGUUUCCGAGGAACCCCGCCGGUUUCAACUGUUGAUACAGUUCUCCUCGGCCAGAGUCAGUCGCCCAUUGCGGAACGGAAGAGCCGACAACUCCGACGGGGCCGCGCAGCACACUUAUCCAUGGUCGAAGAAGAUGAAAAUGAGGGCGACUUCGAGGUCAAUGCUAAUGCCUUCAACGUCAUGAAGAAGGCAGCGAAGAAAGUACCACUUCCAUUUGACAAGAAGCACAGCAAUGCCAAGAAUAUUGUGGAUGAAGCUGCGGAGGAAUCCGAAGACGAAUAUGCUGGUCUUGGAGGUGCCAGUGAUGACAGCGAAGGUGAAGAGGAUGCCUACGACCAGCAGAUGAUCAACGAUCAGAGUGGAGAAGUUGUUGAUGAGAAGCAGCUUGCCGCGAUGAACGCAAUGCACCAACGAGACCGUGACGAGAAAGAUGUUGCCAAGCUGUACAAAGACAUUACGACUGGAGCCUUGCGUCGCCGCCGUGGUGGUGAUGAUGACUUUGAUCUUGAAGACUCGGACGAUGAACGCCUAGCCCGUCGGCGUGAAAAGCAACGCGAGUUUGCAAAGAUGCGCCGUGCCCUUCUUGCGGAUGACAAGAUCGGCCAACUCGCUGAAGACCCUAAGAAGGCUGCGUUCUUCAAAGCCAUUGAAGACCGAGAUAAUGAGGAUGACUUUGAGUUGGAGUUCCUUGAAGACAAGAUGGGCGACUCUCAGAACGAGGCCUCCCAAGAUGCUGCACAGGAGCAGAACGACUCGGCACAAGACAGCAAGAAGCGCAGGCGUCCCCUCGAGGCAUCCGCUGAAGAUGUCACCAACCGCCCACCACCUCAUCUUCGCCGUACACCCGCCAGUGCGAUGUCUAAGAAGCCAGCUACUCUUGCCGAAAUCCGGGAGACACUUUCAUUCUUGACCGAGACCCCCGAAUAUGAUUCCUUCCACGAAGACGCUUCCAUUGACGAGGAAGAGCCAGCCGAAGGUAACGAUGACUCGAGCACUGGCAAUGACGAAGCGUACUCUGAAGAUGCAGGAUCUCAGUCCAAAGACGGCUUCGCUGUGCCUAGCCAUCCACGACGUACUCGUGGCGUUGUCGUUGAUCGCCUUGCUCUCCUCCGCCAGGCCUCAUCUAACUCAGCUUCUUCCGCCACUGGACCCUCUGCCAAUACCAAGUUUGCUUUCCACAACGGUGGCAAGUCGGAUAACCCCAUCGGGUUCCGUCCACCUCAGCUUCUGCGCCGCGUGAACACGGGCUCCUCCUCUUCAUCCAGCUCUAGCACGACUUCAUCCAACGCCAACCGUGUUUCUCAGCCUGCCCCGUCUGGUCCCAAGAAGGGCGGUGCCAUCAACUCCUACACUGCCGCCCGUGAGAAGGAGCGCGAGAAGCAGCUCCGCAUGAAGCAACGCAAUGGCGGUGCUAAUAUUGCUAAGCUGCUGGGCAAGCAUGCUGGCAAUGGACUGGGUGCUCUCGCUGGCAAGGGACAAUGGGAUUAA